AUGACAUUAAUUUAUAUUCUAGUGUUCUAUGCAUUGAACUAAGUGCUUGCAGGAUUCACGACAUUGAAUGAAGCAUUAUUAUUCAAUCCCAUAACACUCUAUGUCCCUGAGUGUGUGGAAUAACCUAAAUUUGAUAAUAUCAUUAUAAGUAUUCGUUAUUGGAUUGAAAUAUUGCAAACUGAUGAUUGUGAUUUGUAGAAUGACUUAGAAACGUUAAAACAAAUAAAAGCGACACUCCCAGAAUCAAAUUUAUUUUUGAGUUCCUUCAUCUAGAAAGAUCAAUUUAAAAUCCACGGAUUGAUGCAGAUCACUGAUGAUAUAUGCAAAGAUGCUUAAGGUAAUAAGUAGAAUAAGCGGUUUUUAGAUUAACCAGGCUACAUAAUAGAUUUAUUGAAGAAAGAGCUUCAAUCAAUAAUUGAUUCCCUGCAAGAAAUUUUGGCUACACCGAAUAAGCAGCGAAAAAUUUCUGCAUUGAAUUCCCAGAUAGAGGAGGUCUAAACAUAUUAGGAAUUUUGUUUCUAAAAGGAAGAAAGACAGAGAAGAAAGGCACAAGAAGCAAUCAAUUAACAAGCACAAAACAUAAAAAAUGAAGCAGGCUAUAUAGAUGAUGCUUAUGGCACACCCAACACUUCAGAUUCCACUCAAGGAUCAUCAACUACAUCAUCAUCUUCUUCCUAAUCAAAUACUUAACAAUAAGGCACCAAUAUUUCAGGAACAUAAUAACCAAUUAAUUGUGUAGACCCUCAAGCCUCAAAUGCAUAAUAAAACUCUAAUCAACAAUAGGGAAGUAGUGCGACUACCACUUCUACCUAAUAAACAACCACUAAUUAGAAUUAAGCGCCUACAACUGUACCCUAAUAAUCUACAUAAACUUCAACUACUAGUUCUACAUCCUAGUAUCAGCCUUAGCCUACAUCAUAAGUAGCUCCUUCCCAAUAAUCCUAGAAUCCCUAAACAUAACCUUAACAAUAAUCAUAACCAUAGGAUUGCUAGCAAAUUCCAUAAUAAAAUCCUCCAAUUUAAGAUCCUUCCAAGUAAUAAUAACAGCCUUAUUAACCUGUUUAAAAUCCACCACCAUAAUCAAGCACUACUUCAGUUCAACCUCAACAACAAUUUCCUCCACCUCCAUAAUAAUCACAACCUUAACCACCAACAACUUCAGGAAAUCAAGCAAAUGUUCCUUAAUAACCACCGACAUAAUAAAAUCAGCCCUGUGAAGUACCAUAACCUCCAUAAAAUCAACCCUAAAUACCAAAUCCUGUACCCCCUCCACCACCACCAACAUAAGAGCAGCCUUAAGUUCCUCCACAAAUACCUCCAUAGCCUCCUGCUUAACCUCCUUCUGAGGUUCCUCCUUAGCCACCAGUCUAGCCACCUCCCCCACUUGUUGAACCACCUAAACCUCCUGUUGAGCCACCAGUUUAGCCACCUCCCCCACCUGCUGAUCCACCUAAACCACCAGUUGAUCAAACUUAACCACCUGCUGAACCUCCAUAACCACCAAUUUAGCCACCUGCUGAACCUCCUUAACCACCCACUGAGCCACCUAAACCAUCAGUAGAGCCUCCUUAACCACCAGUUGAGCCACCUAAACCAUCAGUUGAGCCUCCUUAACCACCAGUUGAGCCUCCUUAACCACCAGUUGAACCACCGAAACCACCAGUUGAGCCUCCUUAACUACCAGUCGAACCACCGAAACCACCAGUUGAGCCUCCUUAACCACCAGUUGAACCACCUAAACCACCAGUUGAACCUCCUUAACCACCAGUUCAACCUCCCUAACCACCAGUUGAUUCACCUAAACCUCCUGUUGAACUACCUACUGAGCCACCUAAACCACCUGUUGAACCCCCUAAACCUCCUUCUGAACCACCUAAACCACCAGUAGAGCCACCUUAACCUCCUACUGAGCCACCAAAGUCUCCAGAAUAACUAAAAACAAAUAUAACUGUUAAUGGGAACAGAACUACUGAAGUUGAAGAUUUGAUAAAAUAAUUGUAAGAAGGUAAGAUGGAAAAUGUUUCAAUAAACAUUACAGUAUACUAAAAUUCAAAUACAACCACUAUCGGAAGUUAGAAUGGAGAAUUGUUAACGAUUCUUGAAGCUUUAUGUAGAAUAUAUUAUUUGAUUAAAAGUAUCUUCUUAGCCUGCUUGUUCUGCUCCAGCCCAGCCAGUAGUAGUUGUAGUGCAGUAAGACGAUGAUGACGACUGCAAAGAACCUGCCUAACCCGUUAAGCCAAAGCCAGUUGAAAAGCCCGUUCCUGUUAUUGAACCAGAGGAGGAAGAGGAGGAAGAAGAAUUAUUCCCUGAAAUGUCUUUCCCAGAACCUGCUCCAAAUCCUGAGCCUGAGCCAGAAGAAGAUCCUCAGCCGGUACCAGAAGAAGAACCAGAACCUAUGCCAGAGGAAGAACCUGAACCUAUACCAGAAGAAGAACCAGAACCUAUUCCAGAAGAAGAAUCAAAACCCAUUCCUGAAGAGGAACCUAAACCUAUUCCAGAAGAAGAAUAAGAGCCAAUUCCAACAGAACCUACUAGUGUGAACACAACAAAACCAGCUGAACCAUUGCCUUUACCAGAAGAAGAGUAAACUGAAGAAUACAUUCCUGAAGAAGAGAUACCAGAAGAACUUAUACCUGUUGAUACAAAGAACGUGACCAAACCUUCAGAACCUUUACCAUUACCUGAAGAAGAACCAGUUGAAUAAGAAAUUAUAGAGCCAGAACCUAUUGAAGAUCCAGUUGAUACAUUUAACCAAACAAAAGUUGUAGAGCCUCUUCCUAUUCCCGAAGAAGAAUAUGUUGAGGAGGAUGUAAUUGUGCCAGAUGAGCCAUUUGUUAAUUAAACAAAGCCAUCUGAACCUCUACCAAUUCCAGAAGAAGAAGUUCCUGAGGAAGUUGUGGUUGUGAAAGAUCCAAAAAACACUACUAAAACAAGUGAACCCUUGCCUAUUCCAGAUGAAGAAUAUGAGGAAAUAAUCUAUGAAGAAUAUUAUGAGGAAUAUUAUGAAGAGAUUAUCAUAUAACCUGCAAAAAACACUACAAAAUCAGCUGACCCACUGCCUAUCCCUGACGAUGAGGAUGACUGGGGUUAGAUGGGCUUUGAUGAUGAAAGUGAUGAGGGUGAGUGGGAAACCUAUUGGGACGGAUCUUAAUAUGUUAAAAGAAAGAAGUCUGAAACUGUUAUUGAAUAUGAGUAUUACUGGGAUGUUGAUUCAUAAAGUUACAAAACCAGAGUGAAGGGGUCUGGUCCAAAUGAAGAUGAUUAUGAACUUUAUUGGGAUGGUUCUAGAUAUCUGAAAAGAAAAAAAGGAAGCCAAACUUAUGACAUAAAUACAAAACCAUCAGGUACCUACACUUAUGAUGGUUUUGUUUAUGAAUAAUAUUGGGAUGCCAGCACCAAUUCAUAUUAGUGGAGAAGAUAUAGAGUAGGUUCAACAUCAUAUGAGAGUGGGUCAUUCGAAUAUUAUUGGGAUGAGAGCAGUUAAAGUUAUAAAUUCAAAUAAUCAGCCAGUUCUGCAUCAUCUUAUACUUAUAAUGGAUAUAUUUAUGAGAAAUAUUGGGAUCAAUCAUCAAAUUCAUAUAAAUGGAGAAGGAGAUAAACAGAAUCAAACACAUGGGAAUCAGGUGAUUAUGAAUAUUAUUGGGAUGAGAGCAGUUAAAGUUAUAAGUUCAAAUAAUCAGCUAGUUCUGCAUCAUCUUAAACUUAUAAUGGAUAUAUCUAUGAGAAAUAUUGGGAUCAAUCCUCAAAUUCUUAUAAAUGGAGAAGGAGAUAAACAGAAUCAAAUACAUGGGAAUCCGGUGAUUAUGAAUAUUAUUGGGAUGAAAGCAGCUAAAGCUAUAAGUUCAAAUCAUCAGCCAGUUCUGCAUCAUCUUAUACUUAUAACGGAUAUAUUUAUGAGAAAUAUUGGGACCAAUCAUCAAAUUCUUAUAAAUGGAGAAGGAGAUAAACAGAAUCAAACACUUGGGAAUCAGGUGAUUAUGAAUAUUAUUGGGAUGAAAGCAGCUAAAGUUAUAAGUUCAAAUAAUCAGCCAGUUCUGCCUCAUCUUAUACUUAUAAUGGAUAUAUUUAUGAGAAAUAUUGGGAUCAAUCCUCAAAUUCAUAUAAAUGGAGAAGGAGAUAAACAGAAUCAAACACAUGGGAAUCAGGUGAUUAUGAAUAUUAUUGGGAUGAGAGCAGUUAAAGUUAUAAGUUCAAAUAAUCAGCUAGUUCUGCAUCAUCUUAAACUUAUAAUGGAUAUAUCUAUGAGAAAUAUUGGGAUCAAUCCUCAAAUUCUUAUAAAUGGAGAAGGAGAUAAACAGAAUCAAAUACAUGGGAAUCCGGUGAUUAUGAAUAUUAUUGGGAUGAAAGCAGCUAAAGCUAUAAGUUCAAAUCAUCAGCCAGUUCUGCAUCAUCUUAUACUUAUAACGGAUAUAUUUAUGAGAAAUAUUGGGACCAAUCAUCAAAUUCUUAUAAAUGGAGAAGGAGAUAAACAGAAUCAAACACUUGGGAAUCAGGUGAUUAUGAAUAUUAUUGGGAUGAAAGCAGCUAAAGUUAUAAGUUCAAAUAAUCAGCCAGUUCUGCCUCAUCUUAUACUUAUAAUGGAUAUAUUUAUGAGAAAUAUUGGGAUCAAUCCUCAAAUUCAUAUAAAUGGAGAAGGAGAUAAACAGAAUCAAACACAUGGGAAUCAGGUGAUUAUGAAUAUUAUUGGGAUGAGAGCAGUUAAAGUUAUAAGUUCAAAUAAUCAGCUAGUUCUGCAUCAUCUUAAACUUAUAAUGGAUAUAUCUAUGAGAAAUAUUGGGAUCAAUCCUCAAAUUCUUAUAAAUGGAGAAGGAGAUAAACAGAAUCAAAUACAUGGGAAUCCGGUGAUUAUGAAUAUUAUUGGGAUGAAAGCAGCUAAAGCUAUAAGUUCAAAUCAUCAGCCAGUUCUGCAUCAUCUUAUACUUAUAACGGAUAUAUUUAUGAGAAAUAUUGGGACCAAUCAUCAAAUUCUUAUAAAUGGAGAAGGAGAUAAACAGAAUCAAACACUUGGGAAUCAGGUGAUUAUGAAUAUUAUUGGGAUGAAAGCAGCUAAAGUUAUAAGUUCAAAUAAUCAGCCAGUUCUGCCUCAUCUUAUACUUAUAAUGGAUAUAUUUAUGAGAAAUAUUGGGAUCAAUCCUCAAAUUCAUAUAAAUGGAGAAGGAGAUAAACAGAAUCAAACACAUGGGAAUCAGGCGAUUAUGAAUAUUAUUGGGAUGAGAGCAGUUAAAGUUAUAAGUUCAAAUCAUCGGGUAGUUCUACCUCAUCUACUUCUUACACUUAUAAUGGAUAUACUUAUGAGUCAUAUUGGGAUCAAUCUUCCAAUUCAUAUAAAUGGAGAAGAAAAUAAAUAGGAUCAAAUACUUGGGACUCUGAUGAGUAUGAAUAUUAUUGGGAUUCAAACUAAUAAGCUUACGUUUGGAGAUUGAAAUAGCAAUAGUAGAACGAGCAAAAUGAUUAUGAAUGGCAGUGGGAUUGGGAGACAAGUUCUUAUCAAUGGAGAAGAAAAGCAGACUCAUAUGAUACUAAUGAGUACGAAUAAUAUUGGGAUUCGUCAACUUAAUCCUAUUAGUGGAGAAAGAGGAGCAGUACUUCAUACAAUUAUGAUGAUGGUGAAUAUGAAUACUAUUGGGAUGUGAAUACUUAAUCCUAUCAGACAAGAUAGAAAAGCGGCUCUUCCAGUUAAAUUGAGUAUGAGUAUUAUUGGGAUUACAAUACUUAAUCCUACCAAUACCGUUAAAAGGGCUAACAAUCUGAAGGGUACUCAACAUCUUCAUCAAGUUCGACUACAUAUUAUGAAUAAUAUUGGGAUGCCGCUUCUUAAUCAUAUAAAUGGAGAGAAGUAUCCAAUGAUCAAAUAGCUCAAUAAGGCACGUAUGAUGAUGGAGAAUAUGAAUAUUAUUGGGAUGAAUCUACAAAUUCUUAUUAGACAAGAUCAAAGUCAAGUAGUAGCAGUAACUCAACUCAAUAUUCUUCAAGCAGCAGUGAAGAGUCUUAUUCAUAUUCAACCUCUUACAAUGUAUCAUCAAGCACUGAUUACUGGGAGGAAUAUUAUGUAAAUGAGGAUGGUGAAAUGGUUACUUUGAAUUUAGCUUCUUAAUCUUUAAAUAAUAACGAUGCCCUAUAAUCAGACAAUCAAGCUCAUGAGAAAUGGAUUAGUUAAGAUGUAAAUAUUUUCAUUAAAAUUAGGCCAAGGAAACAGAUGAGUCUUUAGAAUCUUAAGAUAAUUAAGCAAAUUAAGCCAAGUUCAUUUAUAAAACAAAUUAGGUAUGGGAAAGCGAAGAUGAAUAAAUUUAUAAUUCAUAUAAUUUACGUAGCAGGAAUAUUAAGAAUGCUGCAAAAAUGAAGAAUGUUAAUCAUAAUGAUAAUCAAAAAUAAACUUAACAAAAGAAAUAAAUUGUUGGAACAAGUUUCAACUUCAGAACUAUACCACAAGUGUAAGAUAAAGUUGAAAAGCAAUAAUAAUUGAAAAAUUAGCCAGAGUUUAUUGAUAAAAAGGAAAGUUCUGACAAAAAAGAGAAAAUUUCAAUGUUAAAGAAAAUAAUGAAUAUAUUUAGUCAUAAUUGA